UAUUCCUCUUUAACCACCCUCUUCUUUUUAAAUGCCCUUAAAAACCUAAUUAAACUGCAGGUCAUGGAACCACAGCAAGACUUUCCACCUUCCCUUCUAACCCAAAAAAGCCCACCAUUUCCAUCACCAGAAGCUUCGGGUCUUCAUUUCUGCUCCAGCUCCAGCAUGAUUGGAGGCGAUGAGAAGAAGAAAGGGAAGAGUGAGGGGAAGAAGGAGAGCAGACCGAGGUUUGUGUUUCAGACGAGGAGUGAAAGUGAUAUAUUGGAUGAUGGGUAUAGAUGGAGGAAGUAUGGGCAGAAGAAAGUGAAGAAUUGCAGCUUUCCCAGAAGCUAUUACAGAUGUUCUCAGCUCACAUGCAGCGUGAAGAAACAAGUCCAGCGUCUUUCAAGCGAUGCAGCCGUCGUUGUAACCACAUACGAAGGAGUUCACAACCAUCCAUGUGAGAUCCUAAUGGAGACACUCAGCCCUCUUCUCAAUCAGAUGCAGUUUCUCUCUCAGUUCUAGCCUUACUCGCUUUUCUUCAUUAAUUUCGGAUUUGUUCAGCUAGAUAUAAAAUGGGCAUAUAUGCAAAUUAUAAAUUGCCCUUGUAUCCUUAUUUGUGUCCUUCUUGGAAAUAUACACAUUAUAUAUAGGUUGUUUUUGUAAUAGAGAAUUGUGGAGAAUAAGAGAAGCGUAAACAGCUUGCUCUUUUCUUAUUGCAAAAUGUGCAUGGGACAUCCCAAAGUGCAUGUAUAAAUGAAUUCUAGAAGUAAAGGUUCUAAAUUUAGUGAAGAUAGGUUGUAAGAAGAAAUCAUUACACUUGUCACUAAUUUUACAUCUU